AUGGAUACGCCUCCAGCGAUCAAACGGCCAUCCCCCUCCUCCGAAGACAAUGGACCUCCUUCAAAGAAAGUCAAGAAUGUUGCUGAAGAGCCUGCGCAAUACAGCGAUGCCGUACGAAAGAAAUUGGCGGCGACCUCCCGUACGGGACAAGCCUGCGAUAGAUGCAAGGAACGCAAGAUGAAAUGCGACACAGAUCCCAUAGCCUGUCAGCCCUGUCGGCAGAAAGGCCUCCGGUGCUACACAACAGAUCGCGUCACAGGUCAAGCACGAGAAAGAGGGGAGUCCAACCGGACCGAGAACGAGCUGGUUUACUUGCGAGACCAACUGGCUGCAUACCAGCACAGAUACGGGGCUUUGCAACGACUAGACACAAAUGGGGUUGUUUCUACUACACCGGCGCCCGCUUUGUCUCUUGCUCCUCCUCCUCCUCCUCCUCCUCCCCCUCCCGUGGCUCCUACCGUGCAGUCAUUCUCCUCAAUCCCCGAUUCGAUAUAUGUUGGAUGGCCCUCCCCAGAUCAUUCGGAUCCCUUGCACUCUGGGCCAGUCAAGGGAACACUAGUAGAUGUUAUGGAUGGUACAAUUGAUAUUGCAGAUUGGCCAUGUGAAAUGAUGCAGGAUGGAGAUAAGGAUGAAAUCGGGAGGUUCAACCUGUCCGGGACCUCAAUCAUCAACACGAUAGCUGGGUAUCAGAAAAUCGAGGACCCCGGUCUGCCUUCCAAGGAAGACGCACUAAAAGAUGCCAAUCACUUUCUUGUCAUCGUGUCUCAGUAUAUACCAGUCGUCCACCGAACCAGCUUCCUCGAACUUGUUACCAAGUUAUACGACCGGCCUGCGUCUAUACGGCCUGCCGAGCGCGCGCAGGUAGCCAUGGUAUUUGCCAUUAUUGCCCACCAAACCGCGGUCAGGAAUCAUCAGUACUCAGCGGAGAAAUUUGAGGAUGCUCAUCGAUACCUCCACUAUGCACUAGGGUUCUACCGCGAACUCUUCCAUGAUCGUUCAAUAGCCUCAAUGCAAGCCAUGGCCUUGAUCAUCAUUCACUUGAGGAACCUGCCGAAGCCUGGCAUCUCUUGGACCUAUAGCCAUAAGGUCCUUGUAAGGGCGAUUGAUCUAGAGUAUCAUCGUGAUCCGGACAAGAUCACAUUGCCUCCAGGGGAAGACGAUCCACUCUCAAAAGAGUUACGAAAACGAAUCUUCCAUUCCAUUCUUGGUGUCUGUGUAACUACAGGGUGUAGGGUAGGCUUACCAGCACCAUGGCAAUUCCAGCACAUCGACUUGCCACUCCCAAAAGCCAUCAAAGAUUCGGAAAUCUCUAAGAAGGGCAUUGUUUCCGAGCUAUCUGGGCUAUGUGAUUUCUGGCCGUGCCUACACCUCGCAAAACUCCUGCCUUUACUUACGGAGCUGCAUAACAACGUCCAUGCUGUGCGGAGAGCACCCUCGGAUUAUGUCAAGACUGUCGAGGUCUUGAACAGUAAAAUCGUUGCCUGGAGACAGGAUUGGGAUGAAUCCAUCAAAUCUGAGCCCAAACAUGUCAAUCUCUUGGUAGCAACGUUGUUGUUUGAAACUUGGGCCGCUGAAUACCAGCUGAACCUACACCAUCCUGCUUGCUGCACAAGUAAUGAUCCGGAAGUGCAGGACCGAAACCUCGAAAUGUGUCUGAAAUCCGCCAGACGACUCCUGCAAACAUUUCACACCCUUUCUAGCAAGUACAAAGGCGUCGAUUUCACUUGGCAUUCAACAUCGGCUUAUGCCACUGGCUUCGGGAUUACCUUGUAUUAUUACAAGCGACGACUAGGUCGUGUCAGUAGUGAGCAGUUUGAGACAAUGCGGAACGAGUUAAAGGGCUGGAUAUCGUUGAUGGCUUACGCUGACCUAGUGCUGAGUACGUUCCCACUGUGUGCUUAG